UCGGCUGCGGAACAGCAUACCGGCAUUCUGCGAGAGGAGAAUCUCGCUCUCAGACAAAUCCUGGGAUAUCGCCUCGAGACCUCGCAACUGUGCCUGGCAGACGAUCUCCCUCAAAUUGGAUAUUACAUAGAUGAUACUUCCAUAAAAGAUGUUUUAUUUGUCUCUAUUAAUGUCAAUACUGGAGAAGGCUAUGAAAAGAUUUUGCCUGGACAGAGUUUUCACAUUGGCAUAUCCAUUUUCGACACUCGAUGCCUGAUGAUGCAAGAUCCUGGCGACGCCAUCAGGUCCUAUCAAUUUAUUAACACAGACUCAAAACAAUGCAAGCGUGCGGCCAAGUCAUUCCAUUUUAGAAAGACAGAUUUUAUAGAACUCUCUGAUCUUCCUAGGAGAUUUUCUUUGCUUACCCAGGGCCGCGAUUAUGUGCUGGUGGCCCAUGGGAUAGAAAAGAAUACGAAAUUCUUUAACAAUAUCGAUCGAAAAAUUGCAGAUAGAGCUUGUUACAUACUUGAUACGGUCAAGGCUGCACAGCACCCUCUACAGCUGUCGCAUCGAUGUAGCCUAAUGAAUCUUCUUAAGGAAUUCGAUAUUCGUUACACAAAACUCCAUGUCGCUGGAAACAAAGCUCAUUUUACUCUCAAAGCCUUGAUCAUGAUUGCAGUUCGCGACGGGAAAAUG